AUGACAUCGUUCGGAGCAACAGAAAUAGUUCGAAAUACUAAUUCACUUGGUCAACAAUACAAUUCUACAUUUAAAAUUAGAGGCCAAGUUUAUCAUAAAAUAGGCUCAUUACUGCCAAUGCCAAACGAAGCACAUAAAUUUUUACAAAUCUACUUUAUGGGCGGCGAGGAUUCCGGAAGCGCACUUGCCAAUCGUGUGAAUGCACGUUGUGACUAUAACAACCUUGAUUCAUUUUUUGCCAAACGCAUCGUGAGCGAACUGGACGCUUUACUGAAUGAGCACAAUGAAUUGUUGAAAAUAUUCAAAUCACACAUGCAUAAAUUACAAAACGAUAACCACGCUAUUGUCAUUAAUCCUGAUAAAACACCAGCUGGAGAGCAUAUUCGUAGAUUUAAUGCACCUGUUGUUGACGACGUUGCGGGAAUCAUGGUUGGCGAUUGUACAGGUGCACGAGAAAUUGUGGUUCGUAGAAGGAGUAAUAAUCUUCAGUUCAUUGCUGAUACACAUCGUUCAUAUGAUGCUCUCCAAUAUCCGCUAAUGUUCUGGAAGGGACAAGACGGAUACUGCAUAAAUAUCAAACAACGCGAUCCCGUAUCAGGAGCCGAAACAAACAAGAACCAGUGUUUCAAACAAAAGUUGAAGUCUUUAAUAAGUUUCAUUACUAAAUUACAUGUAUUCGGCCGCACACGUUGCUGGCUGUAUUCAGUUGAGUGGCAAAAGCGAGGAUUACCUCAUGCUCACAUUUUGGUUUGGUUAAUCGAUAAAAUCCGUCCUGAAGAAAUCGAUAGUAUCAUUUCUGCAGAACUUCCAGAUCCGUCUACUGACCAACUGCUGUUUGAUAUUGUUACAGCGAACAUGAUUCAUGGUCCAUGCGGUACUCUUAAUCGUACAUCGCCUUGCAUGGCAGAUGGAAAAUGCACUAAAAAUUUCCCUAAAGAUUUCACGAACGAUACGAUCACAAAUGUCGACGGAUAUCCAAUAUAUCGUCGAAGAAGUCCCGAUAAUGGCGGACGAUCAUUUAUUAAAAACAUCAACAACACAGACAUUGACAUUGAUAAUCGUUGGGUGGUACCAUAUUCACCUCUGUUGAGCAAGACAUACAAUGCUCAUAUUAAUGUUGAGUUCUGCAGUUCUGUGAAGAGCAUCAAAUACAUUUGCAAGUAUGUCCAUAAAGGCAGUGAUAUGGCUGUGUUUAGAGUGGAAAAUACUAACGUGAAUGCUCAACCAGUGAAUAAAAACGAUGAAAUAACACUUUAUCAAAUUGGUCGGUACAUCAGCUCCAAUGAAGCUGCUUGGCGUAUCUUUGGUUUCCCGAUUCAUGAACGGGAUCCAGCAGUUGUUCAGUUAGCCGUCCAUCUCGAAAACGGCCAGCGUGUAUUUUUCACGAACGAGACAGCAAUUGAUCGUGCUGUAAAUCCACCUAAAACUACACUCACUGAAUUUUUCGAAUUGUGUAAUCGUGUGGAUGAUUUUGGUGCCUUUGCACGAACGUUACUCUAUUCACAAGUACCAUGCUAUUUCACAUGGGCUCAAACAAAAAAAUUGAUGCCCCGCAAGCAAGGCUCCCCAGUUGAUGCAUGUCCCAAUUUAUUUAAAUCAAACGCUCUGGGGCGAGUAUUUACAGUCAAUCCAAAGCAAACUGAAUGCUUUUAUCUUCGAUUGUUGUUGGUUAAUGUUACUGGCCCAUUGUCAUUUCAAGAUAUACGGAAAGUGAAUGGGCAACAGUAUUCAGACGACAUGAAAGACGACAACCAGUGGGAAUGUAUGUUUGCUGAAGCAGCAUUAAAUUGUACAGCAAUACAAAUUCGUCUACUAUUCGCUAUAGUCUUAACUACAUGUUUUCCAGCUCGAGCACAGAUAUUGUGGGAUAAUCACAAAGAUUCAAUGACUGAUGAUAUAUUGCAUCAACAUCGUACACGAUGCAACGAUGUAACGAUAACGUUUAGCGACGCUAUGUACAAUGAAGCAUUGAUUGCUAUUGAAGAUCUCUGCAUUAUAAUUGCUAAUUUAUCACUCAGUCAUUUCGGUAUGAAUUCGCCAGAUCGAGCUGUAUCUGAUUUCAUGAACACGGAAAUGAAUCGUGAAAUGCAGUACAACACUGUAGAAAUGGCGGCGAUUGUUACUCGCAAUGUCCCAUUAAUGAAUGAGGAACAAAAAAUCAUUUACGACCGCAUUAUGCUCGCAGUUUCAGCAGGACAAGGUGGAUUCUUCUUUUUGGAUGCACCAGGUGGAACUGGAAAAACAUUCCUUAUUUCGCUAAUUCUUGCUGAAAUACGAUCAAAUAAUGGCAUCGCAUUGGCCGUUGCAUCGUCAGGCAUUGCUGCAACUUUAUUGGAUGGAGGCAGAACAGCUCAUUCAGUAUUUAAGCUGCCAUUAAAUAUUCAAAAUAACCCUGACGGAGUGUGCAACAUAAAAAAAACAAUCGUCCAUGGCCACCGUGCUGAAACAAUGUAA